GCCUGUGCAGAGUGUUUAUGGAGUCACGGUUUGCUGAUAUAACAAGAACUUUCUCCUCAUACUGAUCCCAUGUUGGCUUAUUUCUGGAGACAGUCAGGAUAUUCUAAGAGAGUGAACUUGUUAAAGGCUGUUUGGCUGUAAUGAGCUUCCUCCUCGUGCUUCAGUGCUGCUUCUUCUCCAGCGCGUCCAAUCGGAGGCCGUAUAAGGAGAGCUGUGCUCAGUCUUGAAGAGACUGAAACGUCACUUCAUCACUCUCCUGACUUCUACCUCUACAGACUCAGCGGCUACGCUUUUCUACACGUAUAUUUUUUCUUUUGUUCACGAUGAUUCAUUUAUCAGUUUUGCAUCUCAAAGCUGACACUUUUUCUGGGACUUUUUCCUCAAGAGGAGGUUGAAGUUUCCACAGACAUUGUAUGUUUAGUUUCCAAGAAGACUUUUUGGGUUUAAGCUUCUUUCUACCUCUGUCUGCCCUUUCUCUCUGUCGGAUUCGCCUGACAUCUGACACGUUUGACUUUUUUAUGGGCACAAACUGUUUUUGUUCCACUCUUCGGUUUUUCUAUUGAUAACACUUUACCGUCUCCGUCGAGGCAGACAACGAAGCUCUGCUGCCAGACUGAAAUCCCACUCAGCUGUCUUAGUUGUUUUCUACUUCGUCACGACAAUGUGGUCUACUUUUUUGGUGACCGACGAGGAGGGCCGCACGGUGAACCCGGCGGCGGGAACGGUGGGAGUGGCAGCGGGGGGUCCGGCCCAGGGCCCGGGAGGUCUGACCAACCUGAUGACUGGACGCAGUACGUUUGGGGGGAACAAGCGCCGCAGGACGACGUCAACUGGACACGCCAUGAGUGAGGCCCAGGAAGGGAAGAUCAAGUUGGCGUUCUUCGUGGCCAUCGUGGGCGUAGUCCUGACCGUCCUUGGGGUGGGUACAGAGUUCUGGGUGGAGCUGGCACCUCCCAAGAGUUUCUAUAACAACCAGACCUGUCUGACAGCUCACUACGGCCUGUGGAAGGGCUGCACCAAGACCUUGUGGGUGGCUGAUAUCGACCCGGAGAGAGAGAGCUGUGGACCUGCUGAACUACCCGGAGAAGCAAACUGCACCUACUUCAAGUUCUUCACCACGGGGGAAAACGCUGUGCUGUUUCAGAAGACGACGCAGAAGAAUCUGAAUGUAGCGACGGCCAUGUUGUCUCUGUUCAGCCUCUUCCUGAUGGUGAUGGGGGCCAUUUGCAUCACCAUGGCUCUCAGUAAAGAGAUCCUCUUCUUCCUCAAGCCGGCAUCCAUCUGCUUUAUUCUGUCAGGCGUCAUGGUCCUUCUCGCUCUGCUGGUUUUCCACCAGUCCGUCAUGGCCUUCCUCGCCAGCGACCACACGGUUCCCCUCCACCACGAGCUCUCCUGGUCAGUGUCGUGCAUCGGCUGUGCGGGGGCGGUCCUCAUCGUGGGUGGGAUCCUCUUCCUGCUGCUGGCGCUGCCCUACAGCCCCUGGCAGAGGUGCCUCCCUCACAAGGACGGCGGCAGCUAGUGACCCUCCGUGCACUUUCUGUUUGUGAGGAGGGAGAGUGCAAUGUUUCCCAAAGACAUCUUAGCAAAGAGAUUUUCAUAAGCAUAUUUAUGGGAGAUUCACUGAUGUGCCCCAUUCACAGAACAAGUGCCUGUUCAUCUCAAUAUUCUUGUUUAUUAAUAUAAAAUAUUAUUUGUCAGUCUGGAUCCCUGACUGCUAAUGAACAUAUUUUGAUUUAACAUUAUUUAAGAUUUACCCUGAGUGCUAGGUGCUUAAAGCUGUGAUGCCAAGUGACAGUGAAACAUCCCAUUCAGCGUUAUGAAAUAUGGUGAGCUUAAUGCUCGGAUGUGUUUUGGAAAUAGUCCUGCAUUGUCUUACUGAUCAUCCUGCAGGGUUUGGAGGCAAUUUACUGUUUGUUCAUUCAAUAGGUUAAUAGGUUCUUAACAAUUUCAUCAACAUCAUCAUUAUCUGGCCAACAUGUUAGUAUCUGGUUAACCUGAAUUGCAUAGAAAAAGGUAUUUUUGUGAUUUAGCACCCCCAGUUUCAGAGUAUAAUACCACUAUGGUAAAUAUGGACAUUCGUACAUGUGU